CCCUCCAUGUGGUUUUGAGUAUUUUUAUUAGCUAUAUAGAUAUUAGCUCGAUAAUAUCGGCCCCUGCUUUUUGUAAGUCGAAUUCAAUGUUUUAUAUAGACAAUAUUGUGUGCCCUGGAAGGCUACAUUGAAUCGCUCGUGACAGGUACUGGUGCUGCUGUUGUUCAAAUAUUCGUCCUCUUCAAUAAAGAUAUCCAAAACAUACUAGUUAUCCAGCUGGGAAUCAGCAAUGUCAGCAGUGUCUGUGGUGUCGGUGGUAUUGGUGGAGUCAGCAGUGUUGACAGUAUUGGUAGUAUCAGCAAUGUUGGUGGUGCUGCCAAACACAUUGUCAAAUGUCCUGACUGGAAUCUGCAUCCCACGUCUUGACGCCGAUUUGCUGAAACCCAAAGAAACCUUCCUUUUGCAUGGGAGCUCGAGCCCACUGCACUUCAGUAAGAAUUCGCAAAAUAUAUUAUUUGUAUUGCGCUCAAAAGAAUCACGAAGGUCUACCCUAAUUGUGAUACAAGGAAAUGCGGCUUGUCUCCGGCGAUUGAUUCAUUAAUCAAUCGCUAAUUAAUUACCUACUUGGAUAUGUGGGAAUUCAUAUGCACAUAUAAAUAAUAAUGAAUAUAAACAGUGGAG